AUGGCGUCCUCAAAAUGGCCUCCAGCACUCAAGGAGUUCGUCAACGAGACUUUCGCGAAAUGCACGGACGCCAAUCGGGCAGCGGUCGAGGCAGAGCUCAAGCAAGCCAUCUACAAGGCCUUCGAGUCGGGGACGAUGUGGAGUACGGACUGGAAGCAGUUCAAGCUGGAGAGCCUCAACCCGACGAAGAAGCGAAAAGCCUUCGUACCGUCAACACCAGCAUCUCAUGGCGUUGUGCCUGGACUCUCAGACGAGCGCGACCGACGAGAAAAGCGCGCGCGGCGGUUCGAGGCGGAGGCGGCAGCGGUGACGAACGGGACAGGUUCGCUGGCGGCGCGGAUGGGCAAUGUCGGACGGUUAGUACAGGGAGGCGUGCACUCGUACGGCGAAUACAGCAGCGGUUCGGCGACGCCUGAGCCAGACGCGGCGUACGAUCCGAACGUCAUCGACUGGGACCGGUAUACGAUCGUCGGGAAGAGCACGAAGCUGGAGAAGCCGUACUUGCGGCUAACAUCACUACCCGAUCCAAACACCAUCCGACCACUCGAGAUCCUGAAACAGACGCUCGACCUGCUUAAGCAGAAGUGGAGGGAGGAGGGGAACUACAACUACAUCUGCGACCAGUUCAAGAGCAUGCGGCAAGACUUGAUCGUCCAGCGGAUAACGAACGACUUCACCGUGCAAGUGUACGAGAUCCACGCCCGGAUAGCGCUCGAGAAGGGAGAUCUCGGCGAGUUCAACCAGUGUCAGUCUCGGCUACGACAGCUCUACCGCCUCGGACUCAAUGGCCAUCCGAUGGAAUUCCUUGGCUACCGGAUCCUCUACCUCCUCUUCUCUCGAAAUCGCGCAGAACUCAACACGACCCUCGCCGAACUCACGCCCGAAGAGACGCGCGACCCGUCCGUCUCGCACGCCCUCGCAGUCCGCCUCGCCGUCUCGCAGGGCAACUACACUAAAUUCUUCCGCUUGUUCAACGCCGCGCCCAAGAUGGGAGCUUACGUCAUGGACCACUUUGUACCGCGCGAGAGGGUGACGGCGCUCGUAACGAUGUGCAAGGCCUAUCUGCAGAUUCCGCUCCGCCUCAUCACGACGCAGCUCUCCUUCGACUCGGAGCAAGAAGCGUUCGAUUUCCUCUCGGCCAACAACGCCGCUUUCCUCAAGGAUGCGCCAGCCGGUACAGCGCUGUCAGACCGACAAGUCGACUCGAAGGCUGCGCUCGUCCCGCUGAAUGAGGUCUUGGUCAAGGCGGCGAAGGCGGACUUGAAGGGGCAGAUUUGA